CGCUUCCGUCCAGGCUCUGGUAGUAGCUAAAACCCAUGAUUGUCCCACUACACUUUGUACUGUCUUUCAUAUUGAUUCUCUUACAACUGGCUGAUACACAGCGUCAGCGUGUUUUAAAACCGAGACCUUAUGCACUCACCCUUGAUCAACUUGUCCAACAUUAGAACCACGUUGUACAAACGAGACCCCGUCGCUACCUUAGGCUACCCUGCAGUACCCUGAAUAUCGUGGGCUACGCUACAUCAACAGAUGACGGAUUUCUGAGCCUUUGCUCAUCUGUUAUCGGUCUUCUUUGCCAAGAUCAUAUAACAACACCGAUACACCAGCCUCAGCAGGCAACUAACCAAAAGUGGCGUUUCAAGCUCUCCGAAGGACCGGCCUGGCUUUGAGUCUCGGACUUACAGCCCUGGCAGCGUACCAAGGCGUCCGAGACGUCAUGGCGGACCAACCUCAAGAACAGAGGCGGCGCCUGGAUGCCAGCGGACCCAGAGAGGUAGUAUAUUGCCACAAUUGCGAGAACGACUGGUAUCGUGACGAAAGUGGGCUUGUUUGCCCACGAUGCGAUAGUGAGAUCACGGAAAUCAUCUCAGCAGAGAAUGACCCACGGCCUCCAGCGUUACCAGCUCCAUUAUCUGCGGACGAGCUUCGAGGCCUUCGCGAGCACGAUCCUUGGGAGUACCACAAUGACUCUGACCCGGAAGAGGGUGAUAUCCGCGAGUUUAUUAGAGACAACCCACUGGGUAGGACAACCUUCAUAUCGAGGACAUUCAGAGGUUCUCCCCGCGAAGUUUUUGCAUCUGGAAGCUCUCGCCAACCACCCAAUCCCGAUGACCCCGCAUCACAAACCUUACGAGACUUUGAAGGAAUUAUAAGCGGUAUACUCGGACCAAACACACGUGUAUCUGGCCCACAGGGCGAAUACCCUGGAUCCCCAUUUGGUCCUCCUGGGCCGCGCCAUGGUGAAGAGGCUGGUGAAUCAGCUAGGCCACCCCAUUCUGCGCCACCUAGCUGGGGAGACUAUCGCCCUGGCCCUCAACCCCGAGUCUGGGGCACACGAAUGACAUUUCAGUUUGGCGGGCAACCUCCUCGCACCUUCAAUGGUGGCGAAGAACAGGGCCAGCAGGGGCCGCAAGAGCAAGACUUAACCACGAUCCUGCGUGAUCUAAUGCUCGUCUUGCAGCCUCCGGGCGCAAACGCUGGCGGCACCAAUGCACAGAACCCGCUAGGCGGCUUACAUGGCCUCCUUGCGGGCCUUCUAAACCCUGCUAAUGCGGUGCAUGGGGACGCUGUGUACAGCCAAGAAGCACUCGAUCGAAUUAUCUCGACAUUGAUGGAGCAACACUCCACAAGCAACGCGCCCGGCCCAGCACCAGCAGAGGCGAUUGCUGCACUGCCGAAGAAGAAAAUCGAUAAGGAGAUGCUGGGACCGGAGGGUAAGGCCGAGUGCAGCGUGUGCAUGGACGAUGUGGUUCUCGACGAGGAGGUGGUGGCACUACCAUGUAGUCACUGGUUUCACGAAGCGUGUGUCAAAGCCUGGUUGAGCGAGCACAACACCUGUCCCAUCUGCAGAACCGGUAUGGCCAGAGAUGGAACUGCAGUACCAGCAGGAACCAACCCCCCGUCAAGCCCUCCAAACCCAAGCGGACAGAAUAGCCCAGACCCAUUCGAGGGCGCGGAAGGUCUACCACCGUAUGCUCACCGCUCAACCUUUCGAGGGCGCAGACCAAGCAACAAUGAAACCCGUCUUGCGUCAAUCCGUCAAACCGCCGGUCUCGAACCAGAAUACAACGGCCGAGGCACAGAUUCCAGGAUGAACCCCAGCUCCCGGCGCGAACGCUCUGCAUCGCCGCUGUCGAAUAUCCCAGGGGCAUUCUCCAGCUUAAACAAUCGUAAUACCAUCUUCCGCCACCAGGAGUCCGAUACCGAUGCGGGGAGCACGGGUAGGAGAGAUCAGGAGCGUGAGCGUGAGCUCGAGAGGGAGAGGAAUCGAAAUCAUGAGAGGGGCGCGCCGCCGCUGGAUAGAAGUGGUGAGAGGGGGGCGAGACCAGGCUCGGACCAUAGCAAUAAUAGGUCGGAUAGCAUUGCUGGUACGUUUGGGAGUUGGUUUAGGAGGUUUUUGGGGGGGGGGGUGGGAGGAGUGAAUGAGCGAUUUGGGGAGUGA